CGGCACAAGCUGACAACGCUUAACUCCGCUGGCAACUCUGUAGGUUUUCAUUUGUUGACGUUUUUGACAAAACCGAUUAGCAUUUCUUCGAUAAAAGUGACAAUGGCGCCCGUUGCUAAAACGACCAAAAAGGAGAGGAAGGAAGUGAAGGAUAAGUCCAAAAAUGUAAUGCGGGACUUGCACAUUCGAAAACUUUGCCUAAACAUCUGUGUAGGCGAAAGUGGAGACAGGCUUACCAGAGCAGCCAAGGUACUGGAACAGCUUACCGGUCAACAGCCUGUGUUUUCAAAGGCCAGAUUGACUGUCAGGUCCUUCGGCAUUCGUCGUAAUGAAAAAAUUGCGGUUCACUGUACCAUUAGAGGUGCCAAGGCAGAAGAAAUCUUAGAAAGGGGCUUGAAAGUUCGAGAAUACGAGUUGCGAAGGAACAAUUUCUCAGCAUCCGGAAACUUUGGGUUUGGUAUCCAAGAGCAUAUCGACUUGGGUAUUAAAUAUGACCCCAGCAUAGGAAUUUACGGUUUGGACUUCUACGUCGUGUUGGGAAGACCCGGAUUCAAUGUAGCACAUAGAAGGAGGAAACAAGGUAAAGUUGGUUUCCCCCACCGACUUACUAAGGAGGACGCUAUGAAAUGGUUCCAACAGAAGUAUGACGGAAUCAUUUUGGGUAGCAAAAAAUAAGUUAAUAAACUUAUAAAGUUUUGCUGAGCAAUUA